AAAAAUUCUAAAAUUUCAGAUUUAAAAUGUUAAGUUUCACCUACUCUAACCUGAUAACGUCAGGUUUGCCCCAGGCUAACAAUCUGUUAGGGUCCAGGGCUUCCUACAGAACUAGGCCUAGCGUGUCUUCUGCCUGUGAUGCAAGCCUGAUGGAGACAAUUAGACGAAUUGAAUGUCUAUCUCAGGAAGAAAUAAAGGUGCUUACGCAGAAAACUGCAGCAGAGUUGAAUACUGUGCUGAAAUCUAGAAAUUUAACCAAGAUACCGAGCUUAGAAGAGAACAUAGGGGUAGCAUACUCUAUCUUACAGAAAACACAAAAUAAAACAUUGCUAGGAAAUACACCUUUCCAUGGUAUAGUUCCUUCUGGAUCCAACUCCAGCCCUUUCCUCACCACUGCCAGGGGGUUCAAAACCAAAAGAAGCGAGUCAACUACAGAUAAACCGUUCACAACACUGAAAACUUCUUCAGGGUCUAAACUACAGACUGAGGCCCUGAAUGAUAUCUUGAAGCAUAUAGAUUUACCGACUAAAGAGAAGGAGAAGGUCAACAUUGCCCUUCUCUCCUACGCUGCCGGGUUUUCCUCUGGGAAGGACCGACUGGAUGGGGAAGGAGAGAGAGGGACAGGAAAAGGAGAAAAGAAGAAAUGGUUUGAGUGGAAUAGAAUUCACAAUCUUGCAAGCCUACUCGUCAUCGUAGCUCUGGUGAUAUCUCUAAGCAAAGUAUUUAAUGUUUCCAUGAACAUUACUAAGGGAGGAAACGAGAUUUCUCCAGAGGAAAUAGAGGUGACCUUCGAGGACGUGAAGGGCUGCGACGAGGCUAAGAGGGAGUUGCAGGAGGUUGUUGAGUUCUUGGUUAAUCCAGACAAAUUCAGUAUUCUUGGAGGAAAGCUGCCUAAAGGAUGUUUGCUGGUUGGUCCACCAGGAACAGGGAAAACUCUGCUCGCCAGAGCUGUGGCCGGUCAGGCUGGAGUCCCUUUCUUCCAUGCUACUGGAUCCGAGUUCGACGAGGUCCUUGUUGGACAGGGGGCACGGAGAGUUCGGGAUCUUUUCAAGGCUGCUAAGGCCAGAGCUCCUUGUGUGAUAUUUAUUGAUGAAAUUGAUAGUGUUGGAUCAAAACGAACAAGUUCUGCGCUUCAUCCUUAUGCUAACCAAACAAUCAAUCAAUUACUCAGUGAGAUGGAUGGUUUUAUGUCUAAUGAGGGAGUGAUAGUUCUUGGUGCUACUAAUAGAGCAGAAGAUCUUGACAAAGCUCUUCUACGACCUGGUAGAUUUGAUACUCAGGUAAUGGUGACUAACCCUGACAUCAAGGGUAGGAGAGAGAUCUUGAUUUUGUACCUCGCAAAGAUCAAGCAUGAUGAUAGUGUCAACUUGGAGAAACUAGCAAAAAUGACAGUAGGAUUUUCUGGAGCAGAUUUGCAAAAUAUGGUAAACACAGCAGCUAUAAGAGCUGCUGUAGACGGUAAAGAAUGGGUCAGCAUGGCAGAGUUUGAAUACAGUCAUGAUAAACAUGUUCUUGGAACAGAUUGGAAAUCUAGGGUGCGUGAGAAGUCUGAUCUUGAGAUAACAGCCUACCAUGAAGCUGGACAUACACUUGUAGCAUACUUUACAGAGGAUGCUCAGCCGAUACAUAAGGUGACAAUUGUAGCUAAAGGACAAUCAGGAGGCCAUACAGCUUUCUUACCUGAGGAUGAUUCUUGGCAUGUUACAAAAUCACAGCUACUGGCCCGGAUGGAUGUAGGUAUGGGAGGUCGUGCAGCAGAAGAACUAAUAUUUGGUAAGGAGAAGAUAACUGGUGGUGCUAGCUCAGAUCUUCAGUCCGCGACUAAUAUUGCGGAGAAUAUGGUGAAGUCUCUUGGGAUGUCGGAGAAGAUUGGUCUCCGAGUAGUUCAGAAGGAUGAAUUAGCUCCAGGCUCCACAGAGCUCAUGGAUUUGGAAAUCACGAAGAUGAUGAAUGAGAGCUACAAGAGGGCUACACAGAUACUUAAAACACACAGGAAAGAGUUAGAUAUGCUGGCUGAAGCUCUGAUACACUAUGAAACCCUGGAUUCUGAUGAUGUAAAAACAAUUCUGGAAAACAAGCGUCCUCCCCCGGCAAGACCAUCUGCAAGCACUGUCCUUGGAUACAACACGCCAAGAUUGCCAUUUUCUGACACCCCAAGAACAGGAGCUCUCCCUCCUGUUAGUCCCCCGGGGCCCCUCAAACCAGAAGGAGCUGACAUCAUUUAAACUCCCUUGACCCUGGUUCAUGUUAGAGGCUCUAUACCAUCAUACUGAGACAAUAAGGGAGGACGUCAAAACAGUAAAAUGAAAUUUUGUUGAAUGAAUGUAAUUAUUUAAUAAUUGAAUUAGGUUUCAUCUUAUAAUUCUGCUCAGAUUUAUUGACGUAAGAGCAACUAUACAUUUCUGCAAAGCUAACGUUAUGAAGGUUUCUGAUUUCUAAAACUUCAACGAUAAUUGUCCGGCUUCAAUAAAAGUUGGCUAAUGGCCAUAUUUAAUUUAACUAACCGGCAAACAAAAUAUGAUAUUUCAGGAUUAUUUGAUCUUACUACUUCAUAAGUCCUGGGGGUUAGACUAAGUUACUUUUUACUAGUCCUAGUUUUUUUUUCAGCGUACAAUUGUUUUUGGGGCAAAUGAUGAUUUGAGGGAAUAUCUGACAACCCUUAAAAUAAAAUUUAAACGAAUGAAUUUUUUUGUUGAAAUGACAAAUUGUAUGCUUCUAUGCAGUCAUAAGUAUUGACCUAUUCACACAGUUAUAAAAGUUUAUCUAAAAUAUUUUCAGAA